AUGGAUUCACAAGUUGAGAGCGCCAUCGAGCUUGCGUUCAAUCCCACCACCGACCAAAGCGUCAAGGCGCAGGCAUACGACUUCCUCGCCCAGUUGAGGGAGGCUCCAGAUGCCUGGCAUGUAUGCCUGACACUGUUCAUACGGCGUCCCACGCCCUCGGAGGUGGUGCGGCUAGUGUGCCUAGAGAUAGUCAACACAGCUGUGCAAACACGACGGCUGGAUCAGGCAGGACUCAACGAUGUGCGGCACAGUCUGAUGGAAUACAUCCAGGCUCGGUACACCCCAGGCUCCACAGAAAUCGACACACCGCCCAUUCAGAACAAGCUCACCCAGACCAUCACCUAUCUGUUCACAUUUCUGUAUGCUUCGGACUGGACCACCUUCUUUGACGAUUUCAUUGGUCUGGCAAGCGCCGAGGGUGAUUCAGGUGGUGUCGCAACGGUCAUGUUCCUGCGUAUCCUCAGCUCCAUCCACGAUGAGAUUGCGGAUGUGAUGAUUCCAAGGACACCAGACGAGCAGAAACGAAGCACGGAGCUGAAAGAUUUGGUGCGAGUAAGAGACGUCAACAAGAUCGCAGCAACAUGGCAAGAGCUGUUAUCGCGGUGGAGACAGUUAGACCUUGGACUGGUGGAAAUGUGUCUGAGAACAAUCGCAAAGUGGGUCAGCUGGAUCGAUAUUUGGCUGGUGAUCAAUGAGAGGAUCCAGACUGCUCUGUUGGAAAUCGCAGGCCAACAGGGUACAUUCAACGCAGACAGUAGAGAGGCAAGAGCAAGAGAUGCUGCCAUCGACACCUUCACCGAGACUGUAGCCAAGAAGAUGCCGCCCAACGACAAAGUCGAGCUGAUCGGCUAUCUGAAUCUUGGCGGUAUUGUCGGACAACUGGUAUCGAGCACAGUGCUCACCGAUCUUCGAACGACACCAGACUACGACACCGACCUUGCCGAGACAGUUGCGAAGCUCGUCAACAAUGUGAUCUUUGACAUUGUCAAGGUCCUGGAUACCGACAAUGUGGACGAACAAACGAGGUCGAAGGCCGAUCAGCAGUUGCAAAACUUCAUCCCUCAUCUUCUGCGGUUCUUUGCGGAUGAGUAUGAUGAGAUAUGCUCUGCGGUAAUCCCCUCUCUGACAGACCUGCUCGCCAUGUUCCGCAAAGUGGUUCAAAAGUCAAAAUCGGUCCUUCCGAGUCAUUAUGCCAGCUUGCUUCCACCCAUUCUAGACGCCAUCAUUGCAAAGAUGAAGUACGACGAGACUGCGUCCUGGGGCGAUGAUGACGACCAAACCGACGAGGCCGAAUUCGAGGAGUUGAGGAGGCGCCUGCAUGUCUUGCAGCAAACAGUAGCAGCUGUGGACGAAACACUCUACAUCGAUACGUUAACCAGAGUUGUAGCCAGUACACUCGGCAAACUCUCUUCGAACGAUGCCGACCUGAACUGGCGAGAUCUCAACCUUGCAUUACUGGAGAUUCACCAUUUCGGCGAGCUUGCCAUCAAAACCGGCGGUAUAUAUCACAAGAGCAAGCCCACCUCCGAGGCCUCGACUAGACUAGUGGAGAUGAUGUUCACGCUUGUGGACUCGGGCCUGGCUUCAUACCCCCAUCCUGCGGUACAGCUGCAGUACAUGGAGAUAUGCGUUCGUUACGUUCAAUACUUCGAGCAGAAUGGCAGUAGUAUACCCAAAGUACUGGAAAGCUUCGUCUCGCUGGUGCACAGCAGCCACAAGAAAGUACGCCUGCGGUCCUGGUACCUGUUCCAACGCUUCGUUCGACAUCUGCGAGCGCAACUCGGCGAAUUCGCUCAGACUGUGGUUCAAGCCAUUGCCGAUUUGCUUCCGAUCAAGGCAGAGCUGCCAGCUGAUAGAGACGACGAUGAUGCUUCUUCUGAGGAUAAUACACAGUCCUCAGAUGCCACGUUCCAGAGUCAACAGUAUCUUUUCGAGGCUACUGGACUCGUAGCAUCUACUCAGAACGUACCGGCCGCAACCAAGGUCACCAUCGCGAAGUCUGUCAUUGGCCCUCUUGUCAGCGAUCUCAAUAAUCACCUGUCGGCUGCUGGCAACGGAGACGAGAGAGCGGUACUGCAAACGCACCACAUCGUCACUGCUCUUGGCUCCCUUGCCAACGGCUUUUCGGACUGGACACCAGGUAUUUCUUCCGGCGGACCGCCAGCUGCUGAGGUCUCACAAGAAUUCGUGGCUGCAAGUGACAGUAUCCUAACGGCCCUAGAAAGCUUGAAGCAACACUCCGAGCUGCGAGCUGCUUCUCGACAUGCAUUCUCACGUCUACUUGGCGUCCUCGGGGCUUACGUUCUGCCACAACUGCCUCGUUGGAUCGAAGGACUACUCUCUUCCGCAUCAUCAAAUGACGAGAUGGCAUUGUUCCUCCGAACUUUAGGUCAAGUGGUGUAUGGCUUCAAGACCGAGAUUUACGAUAUUCUUGAUCAGCUGCUGUCGCCACUGUUCCAGCGAGUUUUCAGCGGCCUAUCGCAAGAUAUCACAGGAACUGAUGACGAGAUUCAGUUGCGUGAAGUCAGGCGCGAAUACCUCAACUUUGUUCUGGUCAUUUUGAACAACGACCUAGGCUCCGUGCUGGUGAGUCCAGCGAACCAAGGCAUGUUCGACACGUUCAUCGCCUCAAUCACCCGCUUCGCUUGCGAUCCCUCUGACCCACAGAGUGCACGCCUGGCUUUCUCAAUCUUGACCAAGUUGACGACCACAUGGGGAGGUCCCGACAUAUCCCUCGAUGCCGCCCCACAACCUGCGCUCCCAGGCUUUGACAGUUUCAUCCUGUCCCAGUUUGCGCCGCUACCCUGGUCCUUGAUAUCUGCUACCAACUUCAAUGCAGGAGACGCUCAGAUGCGAACUUUGCUGCAAGAAGCUGCAAAUCUGCAAUGGACGAUAUUGCGUAAGAUCGGUAUCGCGUACCAAAACCAGCUCGGCAACGAGCUUAGGACUCUUGGUGCCGGAGAUGAUGGUGUGCAGUCUUACUUCACCAGUAUCGGCGGUGAUAUGGUGAACUUCAGAAAAUUCAUGGUGUCAUUCCUGUCUGGUGCGAAGCGGUAG